AGGAAGGGGGGGCUGCUGGUGGAGUGGGGGGGGUUAUAUGAAUAUCAGAUGAGCUUGGUUUGUGCCAUGCGGACCUGCGUACACGCACACACACACACGCUCACACACACCACGCUGGCCAGCAAUAGGCUGGUGCAGACGAUUCCCAGUGAAGACACGGAUCUGAGACGGAGGGAGAGAUCAGGAUGGGUGUAGCAGGAGAAAUGAAGGAGGACGAGGCUGCGUAAGACAGCGCUGAGAGAUAAAGCGAGGGUGGGUGAGCAGAAGGAGACAGCACCAGCCUCAGCAGGUUUGUGAGGGAGAAAGAGAGAGGGAGGACUAGAAGAACAUCUGGCGAGAUAAAGCGCUUGUGAUGUUGCGAGGGGAUGAUGCCGAAUAUCAGCGCCGCUAUCACACUCUGGGCAGCAACACGCGCCGCCUCUCCAACCCCGACAUGGAGGCCUACGCCAAGCUCCACAAGAGCGGCGACAUGGAGCAUCAGAGAAACAAAUACCCCCCGCAGCACGCCGCCACGCUGGUCAACACCAACUGCGCGCGGCAGCAGCCACAUUACUGGAGUUUUAAGGCGCGGACUCCACGCGGCGCGGCGGGGCUGCAGCAGCAGUCUCUGGGCGAGCAGGUAGGAGGGCGCCUGUGUUAUGCGUCCGCGGAGAGUUUGGAAAGCAUGGCCGAUGCUGAGCUGCCGCUGGGCUUCAGUCGCUCCAACAUCCUCAGACAGAGUCUUCCUCUGGCGCGGUCGCCCAGCCAGGCUAAACUGAGAGCGCCAGCGGUGUUGUUCCUGCAGUUCGGCGACGAGACGCGGCGGGUGCACAUCACUCACGAGCUGACCAGCAUGGAGACGCUUCACGCCCUCAUCGUACACAUGUUCCCUCAGAAGCUGACCAUGGGCGCCUUGCGUUCGCCCGGCACGGCCCUGCUCAUCAAAGACGAGGCGCGCAACAUCUUCUACGAGCUGGAGGACCCUCGCGACAUCCACGACCGGUGUCUCAUCAAGAUUUACUGCAGAGAGGCUCCCAUACGAGACACGCACUACAAUCCUCAACACGCGGCCCACCCCGUACACCACACACACAUCGCCAACGGAGACCUGCGGAGAGAGCUGGUGUACACCUCGAGGGAAUCGUCUCCCACGCGCCGUUUAAACACACUCCCGUCUUCCUCUCCUCCCUCUGGAUCUCCGUCACGCUCGCAGUCGCGUCUUUCUUACACGGGCGGGCGUCCUUCCUCUUACGCCGGACCCCACCCGUCGCCUCAGCUCCACCCGUAUCAGCAACACCACGCCCACCCCGGAGGACACGCCCCCCAGCAAACCGGCCACGCCCACCCCGCGUUUUGCCCCUCCCCAAGUGCCAUUCUAGAAAGGCGCGACGUGAAACCGGACGAGGAAAUAGCAUCGUCUUCGAAGAGCGUGGUGUUGCUAAAAAACGAGGCGAUAUACGCAGACCCUUAUUCGCUCGUCCAGGACCCCCGGCUGAGCGUGGCUUCGCCGCAGGCUCUGGCCUACCGUCGCGGAUCUGUGCGCUCGAUUAGCGGCUAUCCUGCCGCUGCGUUGCAGUGUGAGCUCGAGGGCGCCCUCUACAGGCCCGGCGGUCCAAUAUACGCAGAUCCAUAUGCUACGAUGGGUUUCCGCACUUUACCUCCGGCCUCGCCUCAGAAAAUGUCUGAUGGCAGGGACCCCUACGGGAGCCACCCGGGACGAGGGUCCCCCGGGAGACACGGGUUUCGUAAAGAUGGCACUGUGUAUAUAGAGAGUCCCAAGAAUCGUCCAGGAGGGCCCCCUAUGGAGCAGAUAUGCAUGCUCGGGGGCCCCGGUGGAGAUGGAGGGCCGAUGCCGGUGUACGGAUCAACCUUACCUGGUAACGAGGAGACCAGAGAGCGAAUGGAGGCCAUGGAGAAGCAGAUAGCCAGUUUAACCGGAUUGGUUCAGAGUGUUUUGACCCGAGGACCAGACAGCCCUGAGAAAGCAGAAACGGCGAGUGACUGCUCCGCGCCGGAGACUGGAAGGUUUAGAAAACAAAAAGUGUCGUCUCCGUCCGCUCCUCUGGCGCUGAUGCCGCCUCCGCCCUCCGCAGCCUCUCAGCCAAUAGCAAUGUCCCGUUCACAAAUGCAGCUGCACCUGACUGACCUGCAGCAGCACACCGUUGAACUGCGCAAACAGCUGACACAACUGCGCCAGUUACAGCUGCAGAACCAGGACUCUGUUCAGGCGUUGCUGAGGCAGACCGAGUCUGAUUUGGGGAUGUGUCUGAUCGAGGCGUCCCGCACGCAAGAAGAUCCGUUACAGCGCCAGCGUCUUCUGGUUGAGGAGGAGAGGCUACGCUAUCUUAAUGAAGAAGAACUUAUCAUACAGCAGCUACACGACCUCGAGCGCUCGGUGGAGGAGAUGAGGAUGGGGGCGGGGCUUAACCAUCACCUGGUGACCGAACAGGAAAUAGAACAGAAGAGUCUGGAGCUCAGGAGGCUCGGAGAGACCGUCACUGACCUCAAGAAUCAGUUCCCCACUUUACAAAGUAAAAUGCGCGUGGUGUUGAGGGUGGAGGUGGAAGCCGUCAAGUUUCUGAAAGAGGAACCGCUCAGGCUGGAGGCCCUGUUGAAACGCUGCAGAAACAUCACCAAUACACUCGCUCUACUACGAAGGCAGGUAUCUGAAGGUGUGUGGAGGACACCCGAUGACUUCAGCAGUUCAGUUUCCAGCGUGAGUGACGCUGACUUCAGCAGGAGCUCUGAUCUAGAUAUUCUCAACAGCCCUUCUUUAAAUCUGCCCGACCUCGGGGGCACCUUAUCGGCCACUGCCACUCUUUCUGCCUCCCUGGGUACUAAUACCACAAAUCCUGGCCUGACGAGUGCUUCCAUUAUAGGAGGCACCACUAGUCUUUCUAACGUGCUGGGCUCCACUGUUGGUGCCAGUAUGAGCAGCAUUCCCGGCAGCACCACGCUGGGUAACUGGCUGGCAGGAGCCGGGGCCACAGAUCCCAUCAUGCCUGAACUGGACGGCACCUCCGCAGGUCCAAUAAAGACCAGCGGCUUGGAAGAUCUGCCCACACGCAGAGAAUCUGAUAAAGGAGUGUCUGUGGAGGUCCGACUGGCUGCAGAGCGAGACUGGGAGGAGAAGAGAGCCAGUUUGACUCAGUUCAGCGCUCAAGACAUCAAUCGUCUGCUGGAGGAAACUCAAGCUGAGCUGAUGAAGGCCAUUCCAGACCUGGACUUCGCCGCCAAGCAGAUCACAAAGCCGGCUGUACCGCCAAAACCCCAGCUGUCCUCCCUCCCGGCGCCCGGCUCAACAUCCUCCACUCCUAGCUUAACACCUGAACAUCAGCCGAGCAAAACCCCACCGAAACCACCCAGCAAAGACGGCAUCCCACGCAGGGGAUCAGGUGUGGUUACAUUAUCAGGGGAGCUGACAGUGCCACGAUAUCGUACAGAGAAGCCAUCCAAGUCUCCACCCCCUCCUCCUCCGCGACGAAGUUUCCCAUCAGGCCUUGGGCUCACAACCAACAGCAGUGGAGAAGUUAUCACCAUAAACAAGAAUGUGAAGAAACUGGAGAAGAUGGAGAACAGAGAAGAGGCUGAAGUGCCGACUCAAUCCCAGACGCCUCCCGUGAAACUGAGACGUCCGUCGACCUCCGACGGGCCCCGACCUUCAUCCACGCCUCCGGUCAUCGCUGCUUCUGGGAUGAAGGAGGAUGAGGAUGAAGAUGAGAAGAUAAUGGCAGAGCUGGAGGCGUUUCAGAGAGCCCCAGUGAGACUGAGGGUCACUGCUGAGGCCCAAAGCCCUGCUGAGGUCACUCCUAACAGUGUUGACAGGGCGGGCCAGUGGAUCAGCAACUCUCUGUGGAGAGAGCCCGUAGGCACUCCGCCGGGCUCCGGCAAACUGGUGCAGCCGUCUGCGGCGUCCCGUCUGAGGCACCUGCAGCAGAGCAGCCUGGAGCGGCGCAGCCGGAAACAGCAGGAGGAGUUCCCCAAGCUCCAGCAGGGUCAGCAGCAGGUAUUCCACUUCUAACAAUAGCUGCGCCCUGCUAUCGGCUGACUUUGUCGUUCGGGCUCAAACUCACCCGAGCGCGCACUUCCAUACGAGCUGCUACGUCUCCCGGCUGCUGCACAGAUGUUACGGUUUUCCACUGCGCGAUGGGGGUUUCCCCCGUGUGCUCACAGAUUACGUGUUUUUAUUUCUCUUCCGAGCUACACGAACUAUUCUUCCAGAACGAGAGAACGGUACCAGGGAAAGACACCAAUAGACAGUCGCUCAGUAGCUCGUUGCAGACAUUUAGGCCUGAGAUUUCUGUUAUUAAGUACACAGGUGCAAAUAUAUGCUGUCAUUCCAUGUAUUGGGGUUGGUUAGUGUAACGUGGGCUUUGGGUUUCUUGUUUAGGGUUAAGGGAUAUCUAAAAUACAAACGAACGGAGACUUGAACGGACGUGACUCGGCAUGAACAGAAACACAACUAACAGAUAGCAGGUUUUACAGAUAAUACUCAACAAUGGCAAUAAAUGGCUAUAAAUACCAAACAACGAGGGUCACGCGAUGCAAAGCAACCAAUGGGGAACAAGGAACAAGGCAACCCAUCACAACGUGGCACAGAGAGAAGAGUAGCACACGACAGGAGCACAAAACAAGGCAAAAUAUCAAAAAUGAAAGACCAGAAACCUGAACAAGAAACAAAACACAAACCCCACGUUACAGUUCGCCUGCAAGGUCUCUUUUGCUCACCAAGGCUGCAUUUAUUUGCUCAAAAAUGGCCCAAAAAAAUUAAAUGUCGUGAAAAAUGAUUACACGUCAAAAUAGCCAAUUUCUGUUUGAGUAUGUUAUUAUUAACGAUGAAAACAGUUGUGCUGCUUCGUAUUUUUGUGGGAAGUGUAAUAUGUUUCUGUUUUCAGAAUAGAAAUUUCAAUAUAACUGCAUUCAUUUGACUUCGAAAUUGUUUAUAAGAUAAUGAGUGUCUUUGCAGUCACUUUUGAUGAAUUUAAUGCAUCCUUGCUGAAUAAAAGUAUUAAUUUUCAUCAAGUAAGGGACCGCGUCAUUUUCAAAGUGUAGUGUACUUGCAUAGAUUACUUUUCAGGCCUUGAAUAUUUCAGAAGGUAAUUAAGACCAAUGAUGUCACCGAAUCGGCAAAAACCGAAGUCCCUGUCCUUGUGCCAUCUUUGACUUGUCCUCUCAGUCUCUAACGCUCUUUGUCUGUAAUCUUCAAGUAACUCUUCUGGUCCGAAGCAUUACAUUUUGAUGAGUACUCAAGCUGUCAGAUCCCAGCUGAAAGAAGCUUUUGUGCCGUGCCUUCCCUGUACUCAUGACAGGACAGGUCAAGGUGAGAUGGCGUACGUGACCUAGAUACCUUCUGACAUUGUCACUGUGAUGCUUUAAAGUGUCAAAACUUUCGAAAGAUCGGUUGGAAAAGAGAAGGAAUUGGAGAUGAGAUGCGGGCUUUGAUCAUGGUCAGGUUUGGCGAGCCAACCUGGGAAAAAGAAUCGAUUUGUAGGAUGCGUUGAAGCCGACGUGAAAUUUUACUUUCUUAAUCUGACGUAUUUAUGAGGGAAAACCGGUUGAGAUUUUGAGGCGUUGUUUAGAUUGUAAAAAAGGGAAUUUUUGGGGGGAAUAAUGCAUACUAAAUGAUGGACAAAAGAUCCAGGGAUGAAUAUAAUAAGAAAGUUAAUUUUUUGUGGCCAAGAAUGUGUACUGAGAAAGUAAAUAAGGUGAAUUUAAAUUUUAUGUCAUGCUUAUUUUACACAAAACAGCUCAAAUAGUCUAUUAAAAGCCUAGGAACGAGUAUUAAGAAAGUAAAAAAGGAACAAUUGAAUUUUAUGUCAUGCAUAUUUUACACAAAACGGCUACGCUGUGGACAAAAAGAGCGUAGGAUGUGUACUAAGAAAGUUAAUAGGGGGAAUUUUUAUUUUAAUUCAUGCUUAUUUGACCCGAAAUGACUAAAUCAUGGAUCAAAAGACCAGGAAUGAGUAGUAAGAUAGUUAACUUUGGUUUUGCUUUAUGCUUAUUUCACACAAAACUGCUAAACCGUGAAGGAACAGCUGAACCAAAUGGGUAAAUCGUGGAUAAAAUGGCUAGAAAUCUGUGUUGAUUUCAUUUAAAAUCGUUAAGAGGAAUAUUUGAUGACGUAACGCACAGAAGAUUGAAGAGGAACGGUAAGACUGCAGUGUUGCUGUGGUGUUGCACAGUCUCUAUCUUUCAGAGCAACUCGCAAACUCAGCGCUCCGCAAAAUCCAUCCCGAAAGAGCGAGAGGAAGGAGAUUGAGUGCAAACCCUGAGGGAGGGAAGGGAAAAAUUGGGUGGAAAGACAGAGAAAAGGAAGAGAUAAGACGAAGAGGUUUGGUUUGUGUCCUCCAUCUUCUGCGGGGUUAAUCGACAGACUAUUAGCUCAGCGUAUGCUCAGAGUUAGCCGGCCCGCCGCAGACUGUCUAAUGCACUCGAGGGGCAAAUUAAUAUCUCCAAAAUGAAAACAGUGAAUCUUUUAAUUGGCAGUGACACGACUACAAGAUAAGAUGCUUUACAGACAAGCCAGUUAAAGGAACAGAUCACCUAAGAACAAUCGUCAUUUUCUCACCCUCAUGUCGUGCAUGACUUUUGUUGCCGAAGUUAUUUGUAAAAGUGUUCGAGAUGCUGUUUUUAUAGCACCGGAUCCAAAAAGACAAAACUAUGGAAGCCGAUAAGAAAAAGGUUAUUGCAACUUUACGUUACAUCAUUCUGAAAGAGAAAAUAUUGUGAGAUUCUCAUUUGAAAUAAAAAUAGUUGUGAGGUUUGGGAGUUGUAAACUCAAAAAAAAUCUGAAUUUCAAGAACUUAAAGACAAGCCGAUUUAGAGACGAGCUUUAGAAUUGUUAUGUCAGCAAAAUUUUAAUUCAUAGAAAAUCAUCAGAACUGCAAGGUUUAAAUUCAUAGUUCACAGAAAAAUGUCCAAAUGGCAAGAUUCAAACUCAGGGUUCUAAGAAAAAACAUUCCAAAUUGGAAGAUUUAAACUCAGAAUUCCGUGGAAAAAUUCCAAGUUGCGACCUUGAAACUCAGAAUUCAGAGAGAAACACCAGGAUUGUGAGACGUAAGCUCAAAAUUUAGAGGAAAAAAAAUCUGAAUUGUCACUCAGAAAUGAUAGAGAAACAUUCCAAAGCGCAAGAUUUGAACAGAAUUCUGAGAAGAAAAAAAAUCCAAGUUGCACGAUUUAAACUCAGAAUUCAUAGUGGGGAAAAAAACCCAUUUCAAAACGCAAAAUUUAAACGGAAUUCAGGGAAAAAAAUACAAAUUGCAAGAAAUCAGAAUAUUAGAGAAAAUUGUCAAAUUUACUUGAUAUUGUGAGAAAAAAUUGGAGCUUUAAAAAUAAAAUGUCGCAUUUUUGUGUUAUGUUACUCUACAUAUUAUAUGUUAAUGACAGCACUAUACAUGUAGAAACCGGUAAACAGGUUCGAAUGAGGCUGAGGAAACGACAGGGUUUGUCUGUGGCUGCAUGGAUCCCUGUCCGUGGUUGGUUGUCAGGGUUCUCUGUCUGUCACCGAGUGUACAGCACAGACUGAGAGGAUUAAACAGACAGUCACCGUGGCAACCGUGGAACGAGGCAAGCAGCCCCUCCAUAGCAACCAGUGGAGACUGUGAUACCUGCAUUCCCACACAUUUAGAAACGGCUGCUGCUCACUUGGUCAGGUUUAAUUCGGCUGAAUAACCGUGUUUGUGGUUAUGUUCACAAUGGAAUACUAGCAUGCAUACUGUGUUCCUGUAGCUCAAACAGCACGCUACUACAAACACCAAGCCCGGUUUGAUUCACAGGGAAUACAGGAAGUUAUAAGUGUAGAAUUAUAUGGAAAAUGCAUAAAUGCAGUGGUGAGAUAUGUGCGUGCUAUAUAUAUAUUUAUUAUAUAUAUAUAUAUAUAUAUAUAUAUAUAU